CGUGAGGGACCGAGCAGGGAACAGGGACUGGCGGAGGCGGCGGGAGCGGGCUGGCGCCGCCGGAGCAGAGCUGCCGCAGGACGGGAGAUACGGCUGUCACCACGGAGCCCGCAAGCGCUAACACGGCGGCGAACGCCGCUUCGCGGGCCGGGGGUGCCGGGGAUCAAGCAACCUCGCUGCCCCCGCCCCCGCCGAGGAUGCCGCGCAGGAAGAGGAACGCGGGCAGCAGCUCGGACGGCACCGAGGACUCGGACUUCUCCACGGACCCCGAGCACACCGACAGCUCGGAGAGCGACGGCACCUCGCGGCGCUCCGCCCGCGUCACCCGCUCCUCCGCCAGGCUCAGCCAGAGCUCCCAAGACUCCAGCCCGGUGCGGAACCCGCCGGCCUUCGGCGCGGAGGAGCCGGCGUACUCCACGCGCAGGGUGACGCGCAGCCAGCAGCAGCCCGCGCCCGUCACCCCCAAGAAGUACCCCCUGCGGCAGACGCGCUCCUCGGGCUCCGAGACGGAGCAGGUGGUCGACUUCUCUGACAGAGACACCAAAGCCGCGGCGGAUCAGGACGAGUCUCCCCCCAGGACCCCCACGGGGAACGCCCCUUCCUCCGAGUCCGACAUCGACAUCUCCAGCCCCAACGUGUCCCACGACGAGAGCAUCGCCAAGGACAUGUCCCUGAAGGACUCGGGCAGCGACCUGUCGCACCGCCCCAAGCGCCGCCGCUUCCACGAGAGCUACAACUUCAACAUGAAGUGUCCCACGCCCGGCUGCAACUCCUUAGGUCACCUGACUGGAAAGCACGAGCGCCACUUCUCCAUCUCAGGAUGUCCUCUCUACCAUAACCUCUCAGCAGAUGAGUGCAAGGUGCGAGCCCAGAGCCGGGACAAGCAGAUCGAGGAGAGGAUGCUGGCUCACCGGCAGGAUGACAACAACAGGCAUGCCACCAGGCACCAGGCACCAACAGAGAGGCAGCUGAGAUACAAAGAGAAAGUGGCUGAGCUCAGGAAGAAAAGGAACUCAGGACUAAGCAAGGAGCAGAAGGAAAAGUACAUGGAGCACAGGCAAACCUAUGGCAACACCAGGGAGCCCCUGCUGGAGAACCUGACCAGUGAGUACGACCUGGAGCUCUUCCGGAGGGCGCAAGCACGAGCGUCGGAGGACCUGGAGAAGCUGAGGCUGCAGGGGCAGAUCACAGAAGGCAGCAACAUGAUCAAGACCAUCGCUUUCGGCCGCUACGAGCUGGAUACCUGGUACCACUCUCCCUACCCGGAGGAGUACGCCCGCCUGGGCCGCCUCUACAUGUGCGAGUUCUGCCUCAAGUACAUGAAGAGCCAGACCAUCCUGCGCAGGCACAUGGCUAAAUGUGUUUGGAAGCAUCCACCUGGGGACGAGAUCUACCGCAAGGGCUCCAUUUCGGUGUUCGAGGUGGAUGGGAAGAAGAACAAGAUCUACUGUCAGAACCUGUGCCUGCUGGCAAAGCUGUUCCUGGACCAUAAAACACUGUACUAUGAUGUGGAACCCUUCCUCUUCUAUGUCAUGACAGAAGCUGACAACACUGGCUGCCACCUCAUAGGCUAUUUCUCCAAGGAGAAGAAUUCUUUCCUCAACUACAAUGUUUCCUGUAUCCUGACAAUGCCCCAGUACAUGAGGCAGGGCUAUGGCAAGAUGCUGAUUGACUUCAGCUACCUGCUCUCCAAAGUAGAAGAAAAAGUCGGCUCCCCGGAGCGCCCGCUGUCCGAUUUGGGCCUCAUCAGCUACCGCAGCUACUGGAAGGAAGUUCUCCUUCGUUACCUCCAUAACUUCCAAGGGAAAGAGAUCUCCAUCAAAGAAAUCAGCCAGGAGACUGCAGUGAACCCUGUCGACAUCGUGAGCACCUUGCAGGCCCUUCAGAUGCUCAAGUACUGGAAGGGGAAGCACCUGGUCCUGAAGAGACAGGACCUGAUCGACGAGUGGAUCGCCAAGGAGGCCAAAAGAUCCAACAGCAACAAGAUCAUGGAUCCCAGCUGUUUGAAGUGGACCCCUCCUAAGGGCACUUAGCUGCCCAGCACUCCUGAAGCCAGUGACCCCCAGCAGUAGGAAGUACCCUAGGGAUCUCUGUCGUCUCUGUUGCUGUUGUGAUUGGCUGGUACAGUCCCCUCCCCCAAGAUCAGUUCCCCUUGGUACUGUUCUGGCCCAGGCCUUUGUGCACACCACAGAAGCUAGUUCUGAGGAACUUUAAUGUUUCAGCCUCAAUGAGGUUUUGCAAGGAUUGGAUCUGUAUAGGACCCAAAGGCAGCUCCCACAGCGCUGGCCCAAGGAGUUCUGAUACCUGGUACUGUACCUGUCCAGUCACUGGUCUUACCCUCAUGUCCUCCUUCCAGUGAGGUUGUGUCGUGUCCUUUGCUCUGGUCCUUUCCUCCUUCACCUUCUUUGCCUCCUCAGUAGUGGAGAUGACUUCUGUGGCUUUUGAGCAAGGUCUGAGAGCUCUUCCCUGGGGAGAAGAGUUGCUUGUUCCAA